UCCAUAUAUGGUCACUUCCUGUUCACUGGUUGUUAAAAACAGCAAUAUGGUAAAAUGCCGAACUUGAGGCUUUUAAAACGUCUACAAGCGUCUCCGUGACUGUUUUUUAGGACAACAAGUUGUUAUUGAUUAGUGAAAGAAAUAUAGGCGGGUAGGAGGAGUCAAACAAACAGGGCUUUCACUCAGGAGACCACAGUUCCUGUCCUGUGUGGAGCUGAAAGUAACCUUCUUCAGCUCCUUAUGUGUGUAAAUGACUCUUAAGAGGGUCUGUUAGUAAGGUGAAUAUUUCCUACAAACCUUUAUUUGCAAGUUACCUCAGAUAAUCACUUCCUGACAGCUUUUAUUUUGUAAGUGCCUUUUUUAACAUUUUGGGUCCUUUAUUUUGUAAUCCUUCUUGGCGAAACAGGAAGCAGAUACAAACCUCAUCAGUGUCGUAACUUGACUUCCCAUAAAGAAAGGUGUUCUUUAUUAACGGUUAAGCUCUGGAACAGGAACAACGUAUUGUGUGUUUAUUGUGUUUAUUGUGUUUAGUGAUAUUUAUCUUAAUUAACCUGUAAAAGGUGAUCAAAUGUAUCACUGCUUCAACUACAUGCCAAUCCUCCCCCUCUUCCUCCUUCUCUUCCUCCUCCUCUUCCUCCUCCCCCCUCUCCUCCUCCUCCUCCUCCUCCUCCUCAGUAAAGAGGAAGUAGUGGUGAGUCCUCUUGAGUGUUUCUUCAGUCAGACUCAGUCAGUUCAGAGAGUCGGUCCAUCAACAGUGAAGAGGAAACAUCUUCAUUAGCUGCUCCUCCACCAGCUGCUCCUUCAUCAUGGGUCCAUCCCUCCUCCUGCUCCUCCUCGGCCUGCUGAGCUCCACCGGCUCGCUGCCUCCUCCACGAACCUCCUUCCUCCUCAACUCUCCGGACCGACCUCUGGUCCUCUUCAGCCCCCCUGACGUCCACAACACAACCACGCUGUUGCUAAGCGACGACGGAUCCACCCUGUACGUGGGGGCGCGGGACGCCGUCCUCUCAUUGGACGUCAGUCGGAGUGAUGUCAUCAGGCUGAAGAAGAAGGUGGAGUGGCAUCCAUCUCAGAGUGAAAUAAAUGACUGUCAAAAUAAAGGAAAGAACGCAACGGUAAUUAUGAAUAAACCUCGAUCCUCAUUGAUUUAUGAUGAUUUUUUUGCUCUGUCUAGUCUGAUGUGAACGUUUUCUUCUCUGUCAAAUGCUGCGAUGCUAAGCUAAAAACACACUGAAAGGGUGAAAGCUGGUAGAGACCUGUCAAUCACCGUGUAGCCCCGCCCUAAA